AUGCCCAAGCAGGCAUAUCUCUAUAUACUCUUUAUAACAGCAACAUUUGCUUUAACCCAUUGUGGUGUCAUUGGCCCGUAUGCCGCACAUUAUGGACCACACGGCGCUGGACCGCUACACUAUGCACCCUAUGCAGUACCUCAUGCACCUCUUCCAGGGCCAUAUGUAGCACCAGCACCAGCACCAGCACCGGCUGCCCCUGAACCCUAUGAUCCAGCACCAAAAUACUCUUUCGGCUAUGACAUUCAAGAUGGCUACACUGGCGAUUCAAAGAGCCAACAUGAGACGCGUCAUGGCGAUGUGGUCAAGGGCAGCUAUUCACUUGUUGAUCCGGAUGGCACCAAGCGCACUGUAGACUAUACCGCUGAUCCGCAUAAUGGCUUCAAUGCCGUAGUGCGUAAGGAACCCAUUGCUUACAAAGUCGCCCACGCCCCUGCUCCCGCUCCCAUAGCACCCGCACCCAUCGGCCCAGCAGUAGCCGUGAAGGCACCAGCCAUUUCCUAUCCAAUAGCAAUCGCUCCAGCCCACAUUCCAGUCCCAGCACCAGCACCAGUACCAGCACCAGCACCCGCUCCCCUACCCAUUGCACAUGCUGGCCCACAUUUUGCUGCAGCCUAUCCAGCUUUGGCACAUAGCUCUGCC